UCCCAUUGUUUCCGCAGAUGCCGCCUGGUCCAGCAAUCGUGCUUGGUGCGGUUUUCUGAGGUCGAGCUCUUUCUUUGGCCGGUACAAGGAUCCCGCGGCCAAGAAUCAGAUACUGGAGUUUGGUCGCCUCUUUUUACUUUUUCGGACCCACUUUGCUGCCCCAGAGAGAUUGCAGCUAUGUCUGCGCUGCGACCUCUUCUGCUUCUGCUGCUGCCUCUGUAUCCCGGUCUUGGACUGGGACCUGGGAGCGAGGCAAAGGUCACCAGGAGUUGUGCAGAGACCCGGCAGGUGCUGGGGGCCCGGGGAUAUAGUUUAAACCUAAUCCCUCCCGCCCUGAUCUCAGGCGAGCACCUCCAGAUCUGUCCCCAGGAGUACACCUGCUGUUCCAGUGAGACGGAGCAGAAGCUGAUCAGGGAGACUGAGGCCACCUUCCGAGGCCUGGUGGAGGACAGUGGCUCCUUCCUGGUUCACACACUGGCUGCCCGGCACAGAAAGUUUAAUGAAUUUUUUCGGGAGAUGCUUUCUGUAUCCCAGCAAUCCUUGGCCCAGCUCUUCUCGCACUCCUAUGGUCGCCUGUAUUCCCAGCACGCCCUCAUCUUCAAUGGCCUGUUCUCUCGACUGCGGGACUACUAUGAGAAGUCUGGUGAGGGGCUAGAUGACACCUUGUCGGAUUUCUGGGCACAGCUCCUGGAGAGAGCUUUCCCUCUGCUCCACCCACAGUACAGCUUCCCCCCUGACUUCCUGCUCUGCCUCACGCGCCUCACUUCAACCACUGAUGGCUCUCUGCAACCCUUUGGGGACUCACCCCGUCGUCUCCGCCUACAGAUAACCCGGGCUCUGGUGGCUGCCAAGGCUUUUGUCCAGGGCCUGGAGACUGGAAGAAGUGUGGUCAGUGAAACGCUUAAGGUGCCUGUGUCUCAAGGCUGCCGGCAGGCUCUGAUGCGUCUGACUGGCUGCCCCCUUUGCCGGGGAGUUCCCUCACUUAUGCCCUGCCGGGGCUUCUGCCUCAAUGUGGCCCAUGGCUGUCUCAGCAACAAGGGACUGGAGCCUGACUGGGGCAGCUAUCUGGAUGGUCUCUUGCUCCUCGCGGAGAAACUCCAGGGGCCCUUUUCCUUUGAGCUGGCUGCCGAGUCCAUUGGGGUGAAGAUCUCAGAGGGUUUGAUGUAUUUACAGGAAAACAGUGUAAAGGUGUCAGCCAAGGCGUUUCAGGAAUGUGGGACUCCCCACCCGGUGCCAGCCCGCCACCGCCGAGCACCGGCGCCCCGGGAAGAGGCAGCCCGGCCUUGGAGGGCGGCGGCCGAGGAGGAGCGGCCCACGACAGCGGCAGGCACCAACCUGCACCGGCUAGUUUGGGAGCUUCGUGAGCGGCUGGGCCGGGUGCGAGGCUUCUGGGCCGGGCUGCCCCUGACUGUGUGUGGGGACUCCCGUAUGGCAGCGGACAUCUCGCAGGAGGCGGCACCCUGCUGGACUGGCGUUGGGCGAGGCCGGUAUUUGUCACCAGUUGUCGGGGCCUCCCCGACUGAGCAGCUCCACAACCCCGAGCUGGAUGUGGAUGCCUCGGGCCCCGACGUCCUCACGCGCCGCCGUCGGCUGCAGCUCCGCGCUGCCACUGCCAGGAUGAGGGCUGCUGCGCUGGGCCAGGACCUGGACAUGCGGGAUGCAGAUGAGGAUGGCAGUGGUUCUGGAGCGGGACAGCAGUACGCAGACGACUGGAAGGCCGGGACUGCACCGGUGGCCCCCCCAGUCCGCCCUGCAAGGCCCCCUCGCCCUCCACGCAGGGAAGGUUCUGGCGGCAAAGGAGGAGGUGGCAGUGCUCGCUACAACCAGGGCAGGAGCAGGAGUGGGGUGACAUCUGUUGCCCUUCACACCCCGCCUAUCUUCAUUCUCUUCUCUUCAGCCCUCUCUGUGCUUGGACCUCGAUAACAUGGGAAGGGAGCCCUAGCAUCAGAAGGAGUGACAGCCCUUCACUGCCUCCCGCUCCAGCUGGGCCUGGGGCCGGAGGAGUUGAAGGGGCUGGAGAGCAGGUGGAAAAGGGACUUUGCAGGUGAAUGGCUGGGGCCCCAAAUCCAGGAGAUUCCCAUCCGUGGGUUGGUGGGGGGUGUUCACAAUAUUUAUUUUUUCAUUUGGUAACGGGGUUGGGAGGUACUGGGGUAUUUAUUUUAGGAAGGAAGGAAGUGUGGUUUUAGUCCUCCAGGGUUGAGCACUGUUCAUCAGCUCCAAUAAGGGGAAAGUGGGGGGGGGGGACUUUAGAGUUGCCAUCUAGAAAUGGGCUGAAGUAAGUUGGAAUUGGGGAGGGGUAGAACUCUAAUGGGGUGGGGCACCCCGUCUCAGAAAUGGACAGAGCUAGGUGCUAAUGGGGUACAGGGCAGGGGCUGGGAGUGUGUGAGUAGGCUGUGUGACCCAAUGGGCCUGGGUUCUGUUGAGUUUUUUCAUAAUCAAUUUUUAAAAAGGGGGCUUAGCUUAUGACCUCUGCCAUCCACAUCCUUCACAAGCUGCCAUCCAUGUGUCAGUGUUUGAGUCAGUGUUUAUUCAUAAAUAAAUGUUAAUUUAUUGGA